UAUUUUCCCCCUUUUACUGCGGUCUCUUCGGCCUCUCCGUGUCCCCAAUCUGCUUGCCUUCGGUUCCUCUCGCUCGCCCCUCGCGCUUUCCCUCGAAGGCGGGCGGCGACUAGGCUUUUCCCUCUCGUGCUAGCCUUCUCCUGCCGCUUCCGCCGUGCCUCGAUACUGCUUCUCCAGUAAAAGAAGCGCAGAACGAAAUUUAGUUGGCAAUGGCUGGAAAUAUAACAGAAGAUUUAGGGAUGAAUCUUAGGCUCCCUGUUACAGAUGGGAUGUUGAGUGAGCAGCGUUGCCUAUCUGGGGAUUCAAUCUCGGAGUGGCGAUCUUCUGAACAAGUCGAAAAUGGAAUAACUUCCACUUCACCUUCUUACUGGGAUACUGAUGAUGAUGACGACUGUGGACCAAAGCCUUCUGAUCUCUAUGGACGAUUUACAUGGAGGAUUGAAAAUUUCUCGACGAUCAAUAAAAGAGAAUUGAGAAGUGAUGUAUUUGAAAUUGGUGGUUACAAAUGGUAUAUUUUGAUCUACCCACAGGGUUGCGAUGUAUGCAAUCAUCUUUCUUUGUUUCUUUGUGUCGCUAAUCAUGACAAACUUCUACCAGGGUGGAGCCACUUUGCACAGUUCACAAUAGCUGUAGUCAAUAAAGAUCCAAAGAAAUCCAAGUACUCUGACACAUUACACAGAUUUUGGAAGAAGGAGCAUGAUUGGGGUUGGAAAAAGUUUAUGGAGUUAUCAAAAGUUUUUGAUGGUUUUAUUGUUACUGACACACUUGUUAUCAAAGCCCAAGUCCAAGUUAUAAGGGAGAAGUCAGAUCAGCCUUUCCGUUGUCUGGAUGGUCAGUAUAGGAGGGAACUAGUACGUGUGUAUUUGUCAAAUGUCGAGCUAAUAUGUCGGCGUUAUCUAGAAGAGAAGAUAGGGAAGCUUAAUAAGUUCAUUGAAGACAAAGUGAGGUGGUCCAGUUUUAGAGCCUUUUGGCUAGAAAUUGAUUCAAGCAAUAGGUGGCACAUGUCAAGAGACAAGAGAGAUGCCAUAUUGAAAGUAAUAGUCAAACAUUUUUUUAUAGAGAAGGAAGUCACAUCUACUUUGGUUAUGGAUUCCCUGUACAGUGGGUUAAAAGCUCUGGAAUUCCAAAGCAAAAACUUAAAAGGGAGAUCUAAAUCAGUUGAGUUAGAAGAAUUACCGGCACCGAUGGUACAUGUUGACAAAGAUCUGUUUGUGUUGUCUGAUGAUAUCCUUUUGUUGAUUGAAAGAGUGGUCUCUGACGUUUUGCCCCUUCAGCCCUUUCCUUCAAAAGAUGACAAGUGUUUACAGAACCGUACAAAGGAAGGAAGUUCUGGAGAUGAGUUUACUAAGGAUUCCAUUGACCGUGACGAAAGGCGGCUUAUGGAGCUGGGUCGUAGAACUAUUGAAGUUUUUGUCUUAGUCCACAUAUUUAGCAGUAGAAUUGAAGUUUCCUACCAAGAGGCUAUUGCUCUAGAGAGGCAAGAGGAGCUUAUUCGGGAAGAGGAAGCUGCUGGCUUAGCUGAGAGUGAACUCAAAUCAAAGCGUAGUGCUAGUGAAAAGGAAAAGCGCUCAAAGAAGAAACAGGCUAAACAGAAGCGCAACAAUCGCAAAGAAAAAGAGAAAGGAAAAUAUGACAGGGGUAAUCUUGUACAAGAAGCACUCCAACAAGAAACUUUUGAUGAAGAAAGGACUUCAGAUUCAUUGUAUUCUGAGCCUGUAGAACAUAAUAUCAAAAAGAUUGGUGCACAUGAAGAUGCAUCUGAUGUUUCUGACACUGUAGAUGUUGCUGCUGAAAUGCUUCAACCUGAUUUAGAUGACCGAGCUGCCAGUCCUAUUAAUUGGGACAUAGACGCUUCAGAAAUUCAUCUUACCACAGAAGCUAGUGGUAAUGAUGUCCAGAAUGGUCACAUUGAUAAUAGGAGCCAAUUUAUUAUUGAUGAUAGCUCCUCAAGUUGUUCUACUGACUCAGUCCCCUCUGUUUUCAUUACCGAAGUAUAUAAAAGAGCCAUUUCACCAGUCAAUAUAACUCAAUCACCUCCUAACAGAGGAAAGAAUCAUCAGAGUAAAGAAAUGCAGAGCGGAAUAAGUUCAACCAUGCUAGCUGAAACUAGUAAUCUUGAUGGCAGUUCAAAUAAUGCCUCAGCCAGCAAAGUUGACCAACCAGAAUCUGCAGUCAUUGUAUCAUCCUUGAAGAGUGACAUGCAACAGCAAGAAAUUCAAGUUGACAAGCAGGUCCUUUCUCUGCAAAACAAACAAAUGCCCAAAGAUCAGAUUGAUGUGGAGAGACAAUCCCCUUCUUCAAAUCUUGGUGAAAAGCAAAAUAACACUAGUCAGCUGCCAAAGCAGUCACCAACCUUCACCACUGAUAGUCCUGUUAGCACUUCCAACAAUACAAUUGAGCUAGCUUCUUCUAAACUUCCAAAUAGCACAUCCCUUGGUGAUAAGGUUCUUGCUCAUUCAUCGAGAUCUCGACCAAUGUCCUCCAGUUCCUUGUCUGAAGCUCAGAAACAAAAUGUACCAGCAAAACAUAAUAGUCCUCACCAGGUCAAUGCAACAUCAAGGCCAUCCAGUGCCCCUCUUACACUAGCACCAAGGUCGACAGCAUCUAUUUCUCCCACUGUCCAAGUGGUACCUUUACUUUCCCGCUCGGUUAGUGCAGCUGGUCGGUUGGGGAUUGAUCCAUCUCCAUCGGCCCCAAGUUAUGUUCCUCAAUCAUAUAGGAAUGCUACAGUAGGUAGAACAAGUGCAAGGACAACUGGUUCCACUGAUGUUGGUACUUCCUCAGGGCAAAGUGCUUCAUAUUCACAGUCACCUACAGUGCAUCUAUCAUCUCUGCUGAAGCUUCCACCUCAAACACCUUUAAGGAAGGACCAAUCAUCAAUUCGGCCUGGAUUGACUUUUGGUUGUCUUAACCUGGAAGCAAUUUGUAGUCAGCACCUAUGUAAGGACGGCAACCAACACGAAUCAAGCAGCAGCAGUGUUAGCGAAAGCAGCAGUCAGAGGUAUGCUUCAUCUCUGAUGGAUAAUAACAUGGAGAAGCUCAAUGUUUAUGGCAUUGUGCGAAAUGAGUUAGUUGGGACCGCUUCCAGUAGUUUGCCCUCUCAGGUACAUGGGACCAUAGCAGAAGAGUUUCCUCACCUUGAUAUUAUCAAUGACUUGCUAGACGAUGAACAGAAUAUUGGAUGGCCCACCAGAGGUCCCCAUCAUGCCUUCAACCGGCAGUACUCUUUACCUGGUAAUCUGUCAAUGGUGACUGGCCAGCAUGAUCAGUUUGAGCAGUAUGAAGAUGGUUUUCUGAGCUCCUAUGGUGCCUCCAGUAACCCUCUCCAGGGAGUGGGCGAUGGACUUCUUCAGCUGCCAGAAUUUUCAUCAUUUCCUAAUAGAUAUGGCCAAUUUGAUGGAUUGAUGCGGACUAGUUUGCCUUACAGGAGCACUGAUCAUUCAAUGCUCCGAUUGGGUGACACAGAUGCAAAUGGAUAUCCUUACCAACUUGGAGACUAUUCGACAAGAGGAGGGAAUGGAUAUUUUUUGCAUCGUCCUGCUAAUGGGCGUUAAUAGCAAGAUUAGGAUUUGAUCAUUUCGUCAUCAUAUCAAUGAUUGUUAUCAAGGUAAUCUUUUCAUUUCAGCUUUGCAGUGAGCUGCACCUUCCCAUGUUAUCUUUUUCCACUUAAAUUAAAGAAUUUCGUUCUAAA